ACCCGUGUGCGUUUUCAGCCAGCCUUUGCCAUGGACGUUUCUGGGUUGCCUGUAACUAUAAAACCCUGACUUUCCAUAAGUAGACGUUACUCUUGCAAGCUGGUGUAGAUAGAUUCUUCAGAGAAAAAUCUGGCUGCGUGACUUAGCUCAAUGUUUGGAAACGCUUCCCCCCUUUUCACCCUGGKUAGCUGCUGUUUUCAUGAAGUGCCAAAGGCUCCUCUAGCUUCCGUGCAUGGAUCAUAAAUGAAACUGCAGAAGUAGCCCAAGCUUUCUCUUCAGUGUUGUUGCAUAUAGCACAGAAAACAGGUGUUUUAAUAGAAACUUGAUAGCUGGAAUUGUUUAGCUGCCCAGGGCAGAGAGAAUUGAUUUCUUUUUCCCACUGAAAGUUUGAAACACAGAAAGACAACCAAACAGCCAAACCAAAACAAUUCGUUCUGUAAAAGGUUCCUUAUCUUUUCAGUGUGUUUGGCUGAAGCUUUUAUCAAAUGUCAGGAAACUGUGUUAGUUCAGCUAUUGUUUUAAAAACAAAAAGAGAAAUAACUUUCAAUUUGAGCUACAGAAUUGUUCUCGUUCCCUUAUGAUCAACUCAGUUAUAGAGUAUUUUCUGUGAAAUGUAAAUCUGCUUUCAACCAGUAGUAUUGUGCAGCUGGGCUGAUCUGGGGUGGAUUAAUUAAGAGUUCUUYGAACAUUACUUUCCAUUAGUGGUUUAUUGCUGACUCCUUAAAUGUUGUUCUCCCAUAUUUGGUAUCUGUGUAAUGUUCUUAUAAUCUUGUGAUAUUGUUUUCUCUUUAUUUUUAGAUUCWUUCAAUGAUUUAUAUACUUCCUACGUCAUCUUUUGUAUCCUUUUGAUGUCUGUGGUGAUACUAGUAAUAAGUAUUUUCAACGUUGAAUUUUAUGCAGUUGUGCCAUCAAUACCAUGCUCUCGAUUAGCACUGAUAGGAAAAAUUAUUCACCCCCAGCAAGUUAUGCAUUCAGUUGUUCAUGCCGUAAUGGGAAUGCUGGUUGCUUGGUGUGCUGCAGUUAUGACAAAAGGGAAGUUCCAGUUCCUUGCUGUGCCCUGCACAUCUUCAGACAGCCGAGAUGAUGCUGUUCCUCAGAUAUGUCUGAAUGAAUACCACCUCUUUUUCCUGCUAUCUGGAGCUUUCAUGGGAUACAGUUACAGUCUCUUGUACCUUAUCAACAAUAUGAAUUAUUUGCCAUUUCCAAUUAUACAGCAAUACAAGUACUUACGUUUCAGACGAUCUUUGCCUCUUCUUAUUAAACACAGUUGUGUGGAAUCGCUCUAUUUGAUUAGGAACUUCUCUGUCACGUACUACUUUUUUGGUUAUAUCCCAAGGGCGUGGAUAAGCACCACAAUGGAUCUUCAUAUAGACAGUAAAUUGCAUCCUCUUGAUUCUCUGAGUGGCUUAUUGGAUCUCUCCUUGCUCUACCAUGCCUGGUUAUCRGGUGUAUUUCUUCUGAUGACCUGGUACAUUGCAUGGUUACUCUUCAGAAUUUAUGCUACAGAGACGCAUCAUUUUCCUGUCCAGCCAACUUUUGCUGAGGAGACGGACCAGUGUCUACCUAAAAUUUUAAACAGCAACCCUCCCCUCAUUAUAAAGUUUUUAGCCUUGCAAGACUUGAUGUUACUUUCCCAGUACUCUCCCAUUCGCCGCCAGGAAGUCUUUAGUCUUAGUCAGCCAGGUGGGCACCCGCACAACUGGACUGCAAUAUCACGGGAGUGUUUAAGUCUUCUGAGUGAUCUGACCCAGAGGCUGAUCCUGCAGCAGGAGGCUGCAGCAGCAAAUGGGAGAGCAAAGCAGCCAGGAGAACUGAAAAYAGCUCCACAGACUCCAGGAACCAUUGCAACAGAAGACGUGUCCUUCCAGUUGCAGAAGUCUAAUGUCAUUCCCAGGGCCCCGAUGCCUUCCCUGGUUAAAUCAUCCCUGUUGCCUUUAAAGACGUCACCUGGCUCUGAUGUUGGUACACCUUUCAGUUCACCUGUUUUAAAUUCCAAGGUGGGAAUUCUGGAUUUAAACUCUCCUUGGCAUGGAUCAGUCCAAAGUCCUCACGUUAUGAGAAGAGGACCAAAGUUGUGGACAUCAAAUUCAGAUCUGCAAAUGAAUGGUUCUCGCCAAGAAUCCGUCCCGGUGCUCUCGGUGAGAGCUGGCAGUGAGGCAGCACAGCCCAGCUUUAUUUACACCUGGCUCCAGAACAAGCAAGAACAGAUAAAAAACUUCUUAUCAAAACGAGUACUGAUAAUGUAUUUCUUCAGCAAGCAUCCAGAAGCCUCUAUCCAAGCUGUUUUCUCCGAUGCCCAAAUGCACAUCUGGGCGUUAGAAGGUCUGUCUCGUUUGGUAGCCGCCUCAUUUACUGAAGACCAAUUUGGAGUUGUCCAAACUACACUGCCAGCUAUUCUGAACACUUUACUAACUCUUCAGGAGGUUGUAGACAGACAUUUCAAACUGCCUCAUGUUUCUAGCAAACCUCCCAGGAUUUCGGGAAGUUUGGUGGACACAUCCUACAAAACCUUACGAUUUGCACUGAGAGCAUCUCUGAAAACAGCGCUGUACCGGAUAACUACUGUCUUUGGAGAACACUUGAAUGCAGUACAAGUGUCUACAGAACAUAAGAAAAGACUACAGCAAUUCUUGGAAUACAAAGAAUAAUUUAGAUUUUGAUACAGCUACAGCUUGUGUUCAGCACUAUUGGUAAGAAGAAAAUGGAACUAAUGGGUCUUUCUAUCUUGGCUGUGUGGAAAGGCUUGUGGAAGUCACAAGUCACAACAAAACCCAGAACUGUACAGAAACUCUUCUGUUUUUUGGAUUAGUUUUUUAUAAUAAAUUUUUUUAAUUCAUUUUGCCUUUUUAAAUAUUGCUUAGAAAUAAAGUCAGUUCUUGUUGUAUGCAAGAUUGCUCUUGACAUUUUCCAUGAUUGGAGUUCCCCUUCCCCACUUGAAACCUUCUUUUUUUUUCACUUUGUUCUUCGUCUACCAUUUCCUGUUAAAGGUGUCAGUAGAGAUUUGCAUAAAUACUUAGUGUGCCCAAGUGUUUCAUAAAUCCAGCUCAUGACACUUUUCGUGCAGAUGUCCUUUCCAUGCAGUAUGUCCUUUAAAAGCAGGAAGCAGAUGUCCCUGGAAAUCACACAUGCUACUCUUCUGUAAGAUGAAAAUGAAUCUGCAGAGUAAGAUUUGGGUUCGGGAGGGCUUUGUGAAGACACAACUAGUGACAGUGUUUUAUGCAGCUGCUCUUGAAUCCUGUCUGCUUGGGUUUUAUCUGUAAGGCGACCUUUGAAACUAAGUUCUGAUCUACACUGAAACCUGCAGGAAGCAUUAUAGUAUUUAGGAAAUCUCUUCCGAGUAUGAUCUUGUGAAUGAACUCUGAGAAGUUUGGAUCAGCAGCCUUCUGUUAAGGUAGAUGAGGAAAAUGCUGGUUUGUAAUAACGUAUGUUAUUUUGAUGAAAAAGUGACCUUUUUAAGUGCUCUAAGCUCUUCACUUGGAAUCUUCCCGUCCAAAUUGUUUUAGAAUGUGCUCUACCUCUAUUUUGUAACCUUGCUCUAGUUAUUGUCAUAGCUACAGUAGAAAACACGUGAGUAAUGUGAAAUGUGGAAUUACAACUUC